AUGUAAUUUUGGAGUUAAAAAGUAGUAUUUUAUAGAUAUGUAUGGAAAGUAGAAACAGAAAAGGAAGGAGUUAGGUGAAAUAUUAGUAACAAAUACCAAUAAGGCAUGAAAGAAUCUGAGGCCCCAUCACCCAAUUAAUCCACGUCAACAUGGGUUCCCAUUGCAUUAGAUAUGAUUCAGUGCUCCAUACAACAAUACACUCCACACCUUUUCCAACCAAUCAUUCCUCUCCCUCACACUCAUUUCUCACUCUUCCCUUUCCCUCCUAUCUCUUCUUCUACAUGCUUGCCACGCGUUCUCCACCACUCCUCUAUCUUCCCCCUCUAUUUCACUCAAAUCACUAACCACUCUCACUCUAAAACAAACAAUCAUGUUCUUCCCUAAUCCAUUCUCUCUUAUCUUUGCUCUCCUUCUUUGUUUAUCCUUAGCCCUUUUCUUCACCAUCAAUACCCCCACCACCACCAUCAAUUCCUUUGAUUACCCUUUUAUUUUUCCAUUUCAAUCUCUUUACACCUCCAACAUCCAUCGCAAAAUUACCCCUUCUCCGCCCUCCCCGCUGCCGCCGGAGGAUGAUGAUUUGCUCUUCCCACUAGCCGCCGGUGUAAACUCUACCCCAUCGCCAACACACAAGUUGGCCUUCUUGUUUCUCACUAAUUCACCUCUUCCUUUUGCUCCUCUUUGGGAAUUGUUCUUCGAAAAUAUCCCACCUGAUCUGUUCAAUAUCUACAUCCAUGCCGACCCGACCCGGUAUUACGACCCGCCUUUCUCCGGCGUAUUUGCCAACCGGGUCAUCCCUUCUAAACCCACUCAGAGAAAUUCACCUUCUCUUUCCGCUGCCGCUCGUCGCCUUCUUGCUCACGCCCUGCUUCACGAUUCUGCUAAUUCCAUGUUCGCUCUUCUAUCCCCCUCUUGCAUCCCUCUUCAUUCCUUCAAUUUCACAUACAAAACGCUGAUUCGGUCGAAGAAAAGCUUCAUCGAGGUUCUCAAAAGUGAGUUAGGGGCUUACGACAGGUGGGCGGCGCGUGGCCCGGAUGUGAUGCUUCCGGUUGUUAAAUUGGCGGAUUUUCGUAUUGGGUCGCAGUUUUGGGUGUUGAGGCGGCGGCACGCGUGGAUAGUGGUGAGAGAUAAGACAGUUUGGUCAAAGUUUGACUUGCCUUGUGUGCGGCUGGACACGUGUUACCCCGAGGAGAAUUAUUUCCCGACCUUACUCAGCAUGUGGGACCGGAGAGGGCUUGUGCCAGCUACGCUAACACACGUCAACUGGAACGGCAGUGUCGAUGGCCACCCACGCACCUACGUGGCAUCUGACGUGGGACCGGAUCUCAUACGUGGUUUGAGAACCGCCCGGCCGAGAUACGGCGACGGUGGAAGGAGAAUGAAAGUUAGAAUAGGAACCCGAAGGGGCGGCGGCCGGAUUGUAUCCGUUGGUACAUAUCAGCGUCAACACCCGUUCUUGUUUGCGAGGAAAUUCUCUGCACACUCGCUCCACCGGUUGAUGAACAUAACGAGUGACUUCAUAUUUAAAGAUUGAUGAGAAUUUAACUUACAACCAACAAACACAGGAUUAUAUCUAAUUUGUGCAGUUUUGUAUUGUUUUGUUCUUUUUUGUUAUGGUUCUCCAGAGGACAAGAAUAAAACUGUGAGUGAAAAUGGUACAUCU